AUGGCUGAUGAUGCUGGUUUCGACGUCGACGAUAUGCUCGAAAAUGCCUUGGAGUCGAAAUCGUCAGAGACAGUGAGCACUGAUACCAAGGAGACCCCAGCAGCCGAGAAAGAUAAGGAGAACGGUUCGUCGAAAAGAAAGAAGGACAAGACUCGAAGCAAGAGUCGUUCAAGGUAG